UGGUUCAGAUUAUGGAGGUUGUUCUUGGAGCGAUUUGGGAAUAAUGAAAUUGCAAGGGAAAAUGAUAUGUUAAAGCUGUACGUUUCGAUUUUAAAAUAGUAAAUUGUCUAAAUCAGCGAGAAACGUCGAGAUUUUGGGUAAUUUCGUCCAAGAAAGAGAAGGUUUCGUGCGAUAGGGAGUCGCUAGUUUCCGUCAUGAGUCUACGAGCUGGGAAGAAAGAUACAAAGAUGAGGAUUCGGGCUUUUCCGAUGACUAUGGAUGACAAGUAUGUUGAAGACAUCUGGAACUUGCUGAAGAAUGCUAUCCAGGAAAUUCAGAAGAAAAACAAUAGUGGCCUUAGUUUUGAGGAACUUUAUAGGAAUGCUUAUACUAUGGUCUUACACAAGCAUGGAGAGAGGUUAUACUCUGGACUCAAACAAGUUGUGACAGAGCAUCUGGUAGAAAAGAUACGCAAAGAUGUGGUGGUUUCACUCAACAACAAUUUCCUGGACACAUUGAAUGCUGCUUGGAAUGAUCAUCAGACUUCAAUGGUGAUGAUAAGAGAUAUUCUCAUGUACAUGGAUAGAGUCUAUGUUCAACAAAACAGUGUUGAUAAUGUCUACAACUUGGGAUUGAUCCUUUUCCGUGACUUGGUGGUGAGGUAUGGUAAUAUCAGAGAUCAUUUGUGUCAAACAUUACUCACACUUGUCAGAAGAGAGCGGAAAGGAGAAGUUGUUGACAGGAUGGCUAUUAGAAAUGCUUGUCAGAUGUUGAUGAUCCUAGGAAUUGACACAAGAAGUGUGUAUGAGGAGGAUUUUGAGAAACCAUUCCUUGAAGAGUCUGCAGAAUUCUACAAGUUGGAAGGUCAAAAGUUCCUAGCAGAAAACAGUGCAUCUGUUUAUAUUCAGAAGGUUGAAGCCAGAAUUAAUGAAGAAUCGGAACGGGCCAAGCAUUACUUGGACCCUACUACAGAAGAACCUAUUGUUAAGGUUGUGGAGGAGGAGUUAAUACGUAAACACAUGAAAACAGUGGUGGAAAUGGAGAACUCUGGUGUUAUCCAUAUGCUAAAACACAACAAAAUAGAAGACCUGGCAAGGAUGUACCGUCUUUUUGUGAGAGUCAAAGAUGGGUUGAAAACUGUGUGUGAUUGCAUGAGGGGAUAUUUGCGUGAACAAGGCAAAGCUCUUGUCAUUGAAGAAGAAGGGGAAAGUGGUAAAAAUCCCAUCACAUACAUUCAGAGCCUACUAGACUUAAAAGACAGAUUUGACCAUUUCCUGAACAAUUCGUUCAAUAUUGACAGGUUAUUCAAGCAAGCCAUAUCCUCUGAAUUUGAACAUUUCCUUAAUCUCAAUGGAAAAUCCCCUGAGUUUUUGUCGCUCUUCAUUGAUGACAAGCUGAAGAAAGGAGUAAAGGGGCUUUCUGAACAAGAAGUGGAAACAGUUUUGGACAAAUGUAUGGUACUGUUCAGAUUUCUUCAAGAAAAGGAUGUUUUUGAACGGUACUACAAGCAACACCUGGCCAAAAGACUUCUUCUGGGAAAGAGCAUUUCAGAUGACUCAGAGAAAAACAUGAUUUCUAAGCUGAAGACCGAGUGUGGUUGUCAAUUUACAUCCAAGCUGGAAGGCAUGUUUAAAGACAUGACACUGUCACAGUCAACCAAUGAUGAAUUUAGAAGUCAUAUUUCCAACAAUCAGAUCAAUCUGAUGGGUGUGGACCUUGUGGUGCGUGUCCUAACAACAGGUUUCUGGCCAACUCAGUCCUCCUCACCAAAAUGCACAAUUCCUCCCCAGGCCCAGCAUGCCUUUGACUGCUUCAAAAGGUUCUAUUUAGGUUGUCACAGUGGAAGACAGCUGACUCUACAACCACAGCUGGGAACAGCUGAGCUAAAUGCUACAUUUCCACCUUCCAAGAAAGAGGGUGGUCCGACAGAGACACGUCGACAUAUAUUCCAGGUCUCCUCGUAUCAGAUGUGUCUGCUAAUGCUUUUCAACACACAAGAACGAUGGACGUAUGAGGAAAUAAGUCAGCAUACAGAAAUUCCCGAAAGAGAUUUAAACCGAGCGCUGCAGUCAUUAGCAUGUGGGAAAGCGACACAGAGGGUUCUUACUAAAGAUCCUAAAGGAAGGGACAUAUCACCAACGGAUGUGUUCUCAGUGAAUGAACAAUUUACGUCCAAAUUACACAGAGUAAAGAUACAAACAGUUCUCGCCAAAGGUGAAAUGGAACCCGAGAGGAGGGAAACCAGAAAUAAAGUGGACGAAGACAGAAAACAUGAAAUUGAAGCCGCCAUUGUUCGAAUAAUGAAGGCACGGAAAAAGACACCACAUAAUCUCCUAGUAGCAGAGGUAACUGAACAGCUUAAAGCUCGAUUCAUGCCCAGUCCACAAGUUAUUAAGAAGAGAAUUGAAGGCUUGAUUGAAAGAGAAUACUUAGCCAGGACUCCCGAGGACAGGAAAGUCUACGUUUACGUUGCGUAAGAAGGAUUAUCGUCAAUCAAACUCAGACCUAAGAAUCAGACGCUACUCUGAACGCAAAUUGGCUGCUAUUGUAACUCAAUGGUUUAACUUACCGCCUAUAAUUCCUUGGACAUGAACAAGCUUACGUUAAAUAUGGAUUUGUCUGACUGUGGACAGUUUCCAUUCUCAUGCACGUUUUUUCCAGUAAAGGUUUUAAGUUCUCCGAAAAUUUUGAGGACAAUCUUUAAAGCAGAAGGAAUCGUAUUAUUAGUGACGUAAUAAAACGGUUAUAUUCUGUUCUGUGUGGAAAAAAAGGAAAAUAGCAGAGGCACGUGUACUGGCGUCACGCCAUCUGGACGAAGUGUCACGAAACAGAUCUCAUGACUUGAUUAGGACACGGAAAAGUGACGUAGGCAUGGCAACUGAGGAGAAAUCGUGCAUUUUUGACCUGCUCAAGAAGUAAGAGGUGAAUUUGGUGAAAUUCUUCGAAAAAAGUCUUACCAGAAGGUGAUGUUUGACUUUUGCACUGGGGCAUUCAGUUAGAACGAGUCAGCCCAGCGAAACAGUAGCGGUUCUGUGUCAUGGAUUACUUUUACUGAAGUUUAGAACAUUUUAAAUGACGUUGCACGGGCAUUGUGUGAAGAAGAGGCUUAGGUUCUCUUCUAGCAGGCAAAUUUCUGAGGAACAAUACAUUUUGGGGAAAUUGGACGACAGAAGCCGUUCCAUUAUACAAAUAAAUUUGCUUUUGUUGAACUUUACUUUUGUAAAAAUUGCGCGCGGAGUCAUUUUUCCAGUGCUGUUGUAGACAAUGAUUAUGUAUAAGUCCUGUAAAAUUCUUAGGUAAAGUUUAAACUAUUCAGUUUAUGAAUAAAAUCGCAAG